AUGUUAAGAGAAGAGAGGGAGAAACGGAGAAGGAGAGGAAAGGGAGGAAGGAGCCGGGCCGGCGCUGCUGAGUUCGCCGCCGCCGUCGCGUUGCCGUGCCGUCAGAAAGCCAGAACCGCAAGAGAAAGAACUGCGAAGAGAGAGGGAGACCGCAUCAGCUCACCGCGAAGCCAGCGCCGUCGUCGUCCUUAUUGCGGGUCUACACCGUCGCGUCUUGCCACCGCCGCCACCACUAAGCUUGCCGUCGUCGCCAUUGAAGCCGAAGAGAGAGAGAGUGUGUUCGCGAAGAGAGGGAGAGCGCGCGCUCACGAAGGAGAAGAACGACGAAAAGGGAAGGAGAAGCAGAAGACGAUGAACCCAGGGGAGAAGGAGGAGGUCUGUUCUCGCACCGUCCUGCUCUGCACCCAGAUCUCACUUCGCGUAGUCAUGGUCUUCCCCGCAGUCACAGUCGCAAUCGCCGUCUACGCAGUUUGUAGCUGCCAUCAUCCUCCGCGCAGUUCCCACCUGCUCACGGUACCAUAUCCUUGACUCUGUUUUCUGUUCCCAGAAUCUUAGAUAUAGCAUAAACUUGUUAUCUUGUGCAUUUUGUUGUUUUUAUGGAAUAUG